AACCACAGCACAAAUCAAACUUUAAUUUAAAAUAAAAGUAUGUAGAUUAGAGGAAAAAACCUUUGUGAGACAAUUUAAAUUUAAAAAUAAUUUGCUAAGUGAAAAACACCUUCGUUUUAUCAUAGUUUUGGAGAUUAAAAUAUUGCAACAUAAAGCUUGUGUUAUUUCCAUUUUUGAAAUGUGUAUAACUAUACUUAAUUAAGAUAAGGUUUAAACUAACAAACAAUAAAUAUAAAUAAAACCACACACCAGAGCGUAUUACAGAUUGUAAAACAUAUUGCUAGGACAGGGUCGUCAUGUUGUUUCUAGUGAUUUGUGCAAUUUUACCGUUGUUAUCACACGGUUUACCAACAGUCGAUUGCAAUGAAAGACAAAUAAGAUGGAAAACAAACGAGAAACUAAUCAUCGAUGUAGAUCCUGGAAUUGACGACAUCGAAGCAAUGGUUAUGCUACUCAAUGAACACAACAAAAGAGUCUUCCAAAUUGUUGCGUUUGUCAUCAGUGAGGGUAACACAGCACAACAAUAUGGCAUUAAGAACACAUUCCGAUUAUUACAAGUCGCAAACUCAUUAAACAUUCCGGUAUAUGCGGGUUCACGAAUGCCAAUUUUGCCACACAAAGAAAAACUCGAGAAUUUCUUCGGUAUUGAUGGUUUCGGAGAUUUACAUUGGCCUAACUUACCAGAUGGAAGGAUACAACGUAUGCUUGCACCGCAAGCAAUCAAGGAAUUAACUGUUAGGUACCCUGAUCAAAUUACUUACAUUGUUUUGGGACCUAUGACCAAUCUAGCUCUGGCAAUGCGAAUGUAUGAUGGACUUGCUGCUAAAUUGAGAAGUGUUCAUGCCAUGGGCGGUUUGUACAGGGACGCAGCUGGAGAAGUAGGUGAAUUCAACAUUAUGUUUGAUCCUGAAUCAGCUGAAAUUGUGUUUGAUCAACUUCGAUCACCGAUGACAAUAUUUACGUGGCAGGCGUGCAUUAAAAAUGCUCCUUUACGGAAUUGGUUUGAUACUGCUCCAAUCAACAACCCAGUAUUCAAUAUGAUGUUACAAGCUGAAACCUCAUUAAAAGCCAUGCAUCCCCAGGACCCACAAUGGAUUAGCUGUGACCCGAUGUCAAUUGUAGCAUUCCUUGAACAUAGAUCUAUUGUAGAAUCCUAUGAGAGUCCUGUAACGGUACAAUUAAACUCCGGAUCGGGUCGUGGUGUAAUCACGAACUACACAAACAGUGAAAACCCUGGUUUUGAACGGUUUCCGGUUAAAGUUAUUACUGAAUUGGACAUGGAUAUAAUGCAACAAGUAUUUUUGAGAUCUUUUGACCAAAUAUGUAAAACCAAACGCUGCGUAUACAUUUAAAAAAUAUAUCAUUGUAUAUUGAUCAAGAAA